AUGGCCAUCGCGGAAGAGCUCGACGGCGACGACGACGGCGACGUCGAAGACGACGGCGCGUACGAGCUCGACGGCGACGCCGACGGCGACGACGAGGCGUACGAAGACGACGACGACGCGUUAGACGUGGAGGCGACCGCGGACGACGCCGCCGCCGCCGCCGCCGCCGCGAUCGACGACGACGACGACGAGGUCGCCGCCGCCGCCGCCGCCGCGGAGGAAGAAGAAGACGAAGGAAACGAAGACGACGACGAGGGCAUCGCGCUCCUGCGCGAACUCUUCGAGUUCGGCGACGUCGCCGUGAACGAGUGGACGCACCUCGGCGAGGACGAGGACGUGGAAGUCUCCGGGAUCGCGGACGACUCGCGGGUGGUCCUCCCGGGCGACGUCUUCGUCUGCGUCCCGGGCGCCACCUUCGACGGGCACGACUUCGCGCUCGACGCCGUCGCCGCCGGCGCCGUCGCCGUCGUGUGCGAAGGCGAGAUCGAAGGGUUGACGGAUGAGAUCCCGCAGGUGGUCGUGUCGUCGUGCGCGAAGGCGCUCGGGAAGAUCGCCGCCGCGUUUUACGGCUCGCCCAGCCAGCAGCUCACGACGGUGGGCGUCACCGGCACCAACGGCAAGACGACGACGACGCACCUGAUCCAAGCCAUCCUCGCCGCGAACGACGUCUCGUGCGGCGUCGUCGGGACCGUCGGGUACGAGAUCGGGGACGGCAAGUACGAGGUGCCGAACACGACCCCGGACGCGCUUCAGACGCAGCAGAUACUCGCGGGGAUGAUCGACGCCGGCGCGGGCGCGUGCGCGAUGGAGGUGUCGUCGCACGCGCUCGAGCUCGGGAGGGUGGACGAGUGCGAUUUCGACGUCGCCGUGUUCACGAACCUGUCGCGGGACCACCUGGACUUCCACGGGAGCAUGGAGAAGUACCGCGAGGCGAAGGCGAAGCUGUUCCACAAGCUCACGGACCCGGCGCGGCAGCGCGCGAAGGAUCGGGAUACCUUCGACAACGCGGCGUACUUCAUCGAAGCCGCGGGCGGCGGCGACCGCGUCCCCAUCAUCACGUACGCGACGCAGCCCUCCAAGGAAGGGCAAGCGGACGUGUUCGUCUCCGACGUGAAGCUCGCGCUGUUCGAGACGACGCUGACGAUCCAGACCCCGGUCGGGGAGUUCGAGGCGGUCUGCGGCGUCGUCGGGAAGAUCAACGUGACGAACAUCGCCGCGGCGGUGGCGGUGGGCGUCGCGUUGGAAAUUCCCCUCGACGUCAUCGCCGCGGGCGUGGAGGAGAUGACCCCGGUGCCGGGGAGGAUGGAGCUCAUCGACGAGGGACAGCCGUUCUCUGUGAUCGUGGACUACGCGCACACGCCGGACGCGCUGAAGCGAGCGAUCACGAGCCUACGCGCGGCCAACGUCCGAAACGUCAUCACCGUCUUUGGAUGCGGCGGCGACCGCGACGCGUCGAAGCGGAAGGAGAUGGGGGAGAUCGCGGACACGUACUCGGACAUCGUUUUCGUGACGAACGAUAACCCGCGGACGGAGGAUCCGUACAAGAUCCUGGACGACACGAUGCAGCUUCAGAACAUGUGCCGGCGGUACGUGAUCGUGGACCGGUGGUACGCGAUCAGAGGCGCGAUCGCGAUGGCGGGCGAGGACGACGCGGUUUUGAUCUGCGGGAAAGGCCACGAGGAUUACAUCGUCGUCGGGGGGAACAAGCACUGGUUCGACGACCGCGUCGAGGCGAGGGACGCGUUGCGGAAAGUCGUCGCGGUGCAAGAGGCGGGGGUGGACACGCAGAAUUUGCCGUGGGGUCGGCCGGGGAGCGUCGGGAACGGGAACGUGUUAGACGCGUGA